AAAGCAUAAUUUCAUAUUACUUUUCAAGAGGAUAUACGUAUGAAGUCAUCACUGAAUUUUUAGCUAAGUUUUAUGGCAUUACGAUGUAUGUACGAACAUUGAAAAAUAGGUUGAAGCAAUUGAACUUAAGGAGAAGAUUGCCAUCUAUUGAUAUGGACGUUGUCCGGGAACAAAUCAUAAAUGAGCUUAGUGGCCCAGGCUGCCAAGGUGGAUAUAGAAGUAUGUGGCAUAUCCUACGACUAAAAAAUAUUCAAGUUCCUAGACAUGUUGUAGCUGACCUUAUGAGGGAAAUGGAUUCAGAAGGAUGUGAGCAGAGAAGGGCAAAAAGCCUUAAAAGAAGAAGUUACUUCUCAUCUGGUCCAAACUACACAUGGCACGUCCACGGAUACGACAAAUUAAAACCUUAUGGAUUUCCAAUACAUGGGUGUAUCGAUGGCUGAAGUCGAAAAAUAAUUUGGCUAACAGUCACAAAGUCAAACAACCAUCCAGAAAUUAUUGCCAAUUUUUAUUUGAACUGCGUGGCAGAGCUAGGAGGCUGUCCAGUGGAACUGAGGACUGACUGUGGAACAUAAAAUGGCGUGAUGGCAGCGAUGCAAUGUACAUUUCAAAAAGAUGCAGAAGCGCACAAGCAUGGGUCAUCUCCGUCGAACCAAAGGAUUGAGGGCUGGUGGACGUUUAACAGAAGAAACAGGUCUGGUUGGUGGAUUAACUUCUUUAAAAGCCUUAUGGAACAGGAAAUCAUUAACCCUGGAGAUGAGAUUCAAAUGGCAUGCCUCUGGUUCUGUUUUGCUCAGUUACUUCACGAUGACCUAGACAAAGUUAAAGAACACUGGAACACACAUUUAAUAAGGGGCUCUAGGCAUGACACUAUCAGUGGGAGACCAGAUGAACUAUUCUUUCUCCCAGAGCUUCAUCGAGGAGUAGAUGGUCUACUUCACCCGAUGUUGGAUGAUGAGAUCCAAUCUAUGAGGGAGAACCUGACCUAUGAAGAGGAGGAGAGCAUCUACCAAGGGUACUUUGAAUAUGUACUGGAAAACACCGAGUUGCAGCUGCCC